AUAAGAGUGCAUGUAAGACUAGAGAGUGAAUGAGGAAUAGCCGUAAUGUAUAAAAGCCGUUAGUUGAAUACAUGUUUGGUAUUAGAACAAAAAUAGAAAAGAGUAUGAGCACAAACGAAUAACAAGAACAAAAUGCUAUGUAUAGUUUUGUUCAUCAUCUUCACAAAAAUCUAAUACACUAAAUUUUGAACUCAAUACAUAACUGCAUAAGAAAAACUAAAAUACAUGAACGAUUUCCAUCAACAAGCUCUCUUCAAUGGCUGUGGUGGCGCCGCUAUUCUCUGGCUGCCACCGCUCUCCGAUCAUGUAUAAACCAACUCCAACUCCAACUCCACCUCCCACUCCCAUAUCAAUUUUAAAAAAUUCCCUUCUUUCAACUUCAACUCCAAAAUCUUCGUACUUCUUUGUCUCUGCUCGAACUCAAUCCCAUCAAUCUCGAUCCGUCAACCCGGUUUCUCAGCUCUCGCUUCUCGAAGAGAUUUCCAAGCUCUGUGAAGCGGGUGAUCUCAAUGGAGCUCUCGAUUUUCUUCAGAGAGCCUGGAAGAACAAUGCUGGGUAUGAUUUGGCUCAGAGAAAAGAGGCCAUGGGUAUGUUAUUGCAGAAAUGUGGGCAGUAUAAAAACGUCGAAAUUGGCCGGAAACUUGAUGAAAUGUUGUGCGUUUCCUCUCAGUUCAGCGGCGACUUUGUCCUCAAUACCCGUCUCAUCACAAUGUACUCCAUUUGUGGAUAUCCUUUGGAAUCUCGAUUGGUCUUUGAUCGUUUGCUGAAUAAGAAUUUGUUUCAAUGGAAUGCACUUGUUAGUGGGUACGUUAGAAAUGAACUGUACGACGAGGCAAUUCACACUUUCCUUGAGUUGAUAUCGGUAACUGAAUUUCAACCUGAUAAUUUUACAUUUCCUUGCUUGAUCAAGGCUUGUACUGGGAAAUGUGAUAUUCAUUUGGGGAAAUCGGUUCAUGGGAUGGCGGUGAAAAUGGGGUUGAUCAUGGAUUUGUUUGUGGGUAAUGCGAUGAUUGCACUUUAUGGGAAAUGUGGGUUUUUAGACGAAGCCGUCGAGUUGUUUGAUAAAAUGCCUGAACAAAACUUGAUCUCUUGGAAUUCGUUGAUUCGUGGGUUUUCUGAGAAUGGAUUUUGGCUGGAAGCUUAUAGGGCGUUUAGAAGUCUUUUGGAGAGUGGCGAUGGAUUGAUUCCGGAUGUUGCUACAAUGGUAACUCUGUUGCCUGUGUGUUCAGGAGAAGGAAAUGUAGAUGUGGGAAUGGUGAUUCAUGGGAUGGCAGUGAAACUGGGGCUUGUUCAUGAACUAAUGGUGUGUAAUGCUUUGAUUGACAUGUACUCAAAAUGCGGUUGCUUAUCAGAAGCAGCGAUUUUAUUUCGUAAGAUUGAGAACAAAAGUGUAGUUUCUUGGAAUUCCAUGAUUGGUGCAUAUUCUAGGGAAGGAUUCGUAUUUGAAACAUUCGAUCUGUUGAGAAAGAUGUGGAUGGAAGAAGAAUUGAUGGAAGUAAAUGAGGUCACCAUUUUGAAUUUGUUACCUGCUUGUUUGGAAGAAUCUGAACUGUUGAGUUUGAGGGCACUUCAUGGAUAUUCACUUAGACAUUCGUUUCAAUACAAAGAAUUGAUAAAUAAUGCGUUUAUAGCAGCCUAUGCAAAGUGUGGAUCAUUGGUUUUUGCUGAGCACGUCUUCUUUGGAAUGAAUACGAAGUCAGUGAGCUCUUGGAAUGCAGUCAUUGGUGGACAUGCUCAAAAUGGUGAUCCGAUAAAAGCUUUAGACUUUUAUUUUGAGAUGACACGUUUGGGCAUUCUUCCUGACGAUUUUAGCAUUGUUAGCCUACUAUUGGCUUGUGGCCGUUUGGGACUUCUACAAUAUGGCAAAGAGAUACAUGGAUUUGUGCUAAGGAAUGGGUUAGAGAUGAAUUCAUUUGUUGCUGUCUCCUUGUUAUCACUUUAUUUCCAUUGUUCUAAACCUUUCUACGGCAGAACUUACUUUGAAACGAUGGGAGACAAAAACUCAGUGUGUUGGAAUGCGAUGCUUUCUGGUUAUUCUCAAAAUGAACUUCCAAACGAAGCUCUCUCUCUGUUUCGUCAAAUGCUUUCUGACGGACUUGAACCUGAUGAGAUUGCCAUAGCGAGUAUUCUUGGGGCUUGCUCACAGCUAUCAGCUCUUGGUCUCGGAAAAGAAGUUCAUUGCUUUGCCUUAAAAAACAGUCUAAUGGAAGACAAUUUUGUUGCUUGUUCGCUCAUGGACAUGUAUGCCAAAAGCGGCUUUCUGGGACAUUCUCAACGAAUAUUUAACAGGUUAAAUGGCAAAGAAGUGGCUUCAUGGAACGUCAUGAUCACAGGAUUUGGUGUUCAUGGACAAGGUAACAAGGCCGUGGAGCUAUUUGAGGAUAUGAAAAGAUCAGAUAAGCAACCUGAUAGGUUCACUUUUCUAGGAGUUCUUCAGGCAUGUUGUCAUGCUGGAUUGGUAUCAGAGGGGCUGAAUUAUCUAGCUCAAAUGCAAACUUUGUACAAAUUAGAGCCAGAACUGGAGCACUAUGCCUGUGUGAUCGACAUGCUCGGUAGAGCAGGCCGACUAAAUGAGGCAUUAAACUUCAUAAACGAAAUGCCUGAAGAACCAGAUGCUAAAAUCUGGAGCUCAUUGCUCAGUUCGAGUAUAACUUAUGUUGAUCUAGAAAUGGGAGAGAAGUUUGCUGAAAAAUUGUUAGCACUAGAAGCAAACAAAGCUGACAGCUAUAUUUUACUCUCUAACUUGUAUGCAACAGCAGGAAAAUGGGAUGUUGUGCGAAUGGUGAGACAGAAAAUGAAGGAUCUCAGCCUUCAGAAAGAUGUUGGGUGCAGUUGGAUUGAACUUCGAGGUAAAGUCUAUAGUUUUAUAGCUGGGGAAAACUCGAAUCCAAGUUCAGACGAGAUACGAAAGAUGUGGAAUAGAUUGGAGAAACAGAUAGUGGAAAUUGGGUACACACCUGAUUGUAGUUGUGUUCUUCAUGAAUUGGAAGAGGUGGAAAAGAGGAAGAUAUUGAAAGGGCAUAGUGAGAAGGUUGCAAUUUGUUUUGGGUUCUUAAACACUAAAGAAGGAACUACAUUGAGAAUCUCCAAAAAUCUAAGAAUUUGUAGAGACUGUCACAAUGCAGCAAAGUAUAUAAGUAAAGCUGCUAAAAGAGAAAUUGUUAUUAGAGACAACAAGCGUUUUCAUCACUUCAAAAAAGGGAUUUGUUCAUGUGGAGAUUACUGGUAAAAGAAGAAGAAGAAGAAGAUCAUUACUGUUUCUUGAUUCUUCUUCAAGAUUUAAAAUCACCCCUCCCUUAUGGUAAAGUUAUUUGCUUUAAGAUAUUAAAUUGAAAUUUGAUUUAACUUAAAUUUACUUUAAAAUCAUAGAGCUAACUGAAAAUAAUUUCAAUAUCAAUUUUUUUAUCAAUGGGUUCCUAAGGAAACUUCUUCCCAUACCCAUCAAUCUAUAUUGGGAGGACAAUGGAAAAAAGAGAAAUUGCAUUAGCAAAAUAUCAAUAAUGACUUCAUUUUUUUUAAUUUUGCUUGUAUACCAAAAUUCACCAAACUUUUUAUAGGUUUUAGAUUCACCCAAUUAUUGUAUUUAUAAAGUUUUAGAUUUUCUCUAAAAAAAAAACUAUAGUACACAAGAAAAACCACCCUUCCUUAUUAUUAUUUUUUUUUUUUUCACUUUCUUUUUAAAAAGUGGACAAAAUUUUCACUGACCCAAUUUUUAAAUUUUUUUUUAACUAAUGUAAUAAUAACUUAAAUCUAGAUUUGCAUCUGAGAGUUUUACAAAAAUAGCAAAAAAAAAAAAAAAAUUAUGAGGAUAUUUUUGGUUUAGAUAUUUAAUCAAUCAACAAAUAAUUAUUGAAUCUAAAUCAAUCAAAUAACUACAAGUAUGAAUCUAUGAUGCAUUCAAUAACUUUAGGAAUAAUUGGUAUGAUUGUCAAUUAUAUAACAAUAGUAACAAUAUACUCAAAUUCUUAAUAAUUAUAAAAGAAAAAUUGUAAGGUGAUAGCAAUCGAUUUUAUUUGCAAUUAAAUAAGAAACUAAUCAAAUAUUUCAAGAGAUGAGAGAAAUUUUUGGUAGCACUGUUAUUUAUUUCUCUUACGAUUCGAAGUUCCGUCGUCUAUUUGCUGAUAUGAUUCGCCGUUGGGAAAUCGAGAAGAUAGAAGAGUGAUUUGAAGAGCGGCAUGCCGUCCUCUGCAUCAGCUCCGGCCUCUCCUCCGUCGGCCUCUCUUUCACAGAAUUCUGCUACCCAACCUUCCCCUCGGAAAAAUUUGGCUGAGGCUGCAAACAAUAAUGACGGACUUUUUAAUGCCGAGGAGAAGAAACCCGAUUUGUCAGAUCAAUUUGAAGAUUUUGAUAAUUUCACUUCCAUUGAGAAGUACCAGAAAUAUGAAGCUGACUACGCUCAACGCCUAAUGGCCAAAUACUUCUCCAAGAAAAACCUCUAUGGAGGAAACAUCUUUGAAGAGAACACAACAAUCGACAACGAGAUUAUAAAGUCGAGCAAGUGGCCUUGUACAAGGUCUUUAGCUGAUCCUUUGCAGGGUUUUGAAGAUCAUAGAAGCAGCUGUUCAACAUCCGCCAUGGAAAGCCACAGCGCCAUCUCAAAUGGGAAGCAUGCUGUGAAGAAGAAUGGAUGAUAUAAGAUGAAGUCUGGGGGUGGGACUGCAGGAUUUCGGGUAAAUUGCAAAAACCAUACCCCCUUUAACUUUUAAGGGUAAAAAUCAAGUCCUCAAACUUAUACAAGUAUUUAAAUUAAACUAUAAAUGAUAAAAAAUUGAACUCUCAAACCUAAAUAAUUGUUAUAGUUUCUACAAUUACGUGAGGAUGAGAAUCCAUUUUGCUUACUUAUAUAAGUUUAAGGACUCGAUUUAUGCCCUUGAAAAUUUAAAGGUAUAUUGCAACCACUCCUUUUUAACGGUAACAAAUAACAAAUAUUCGCACUUAAAUUACAUUGUCUCGAUUUUAACUUAAACAAGAAAUCAGUGAUUGCCAAUUAUUCUUGGCAUGUAUUAGCCACUAGGAGCAGCAAAAUUUAACAUUGAUUUGUAUAAGAUACUUUUCAUACCCAAAAUUUGAUUAAGGUAUAUCCAAUCUACUAGAGAGUUCGUUGCUUAUGAAAA